AUGCAAGACCCCUGGUUUCCCACUGGCUCCCGGUUGUCCCCAAGCCCCCCGAGGAAGAGGACGCGGCUGUGGUGCCAGCGGCGGCCUCGCACAGUGUUCAGCGCACAAAAGCGGCGGGUCCUGGAGGAAUUCUUUGAGGGGAAACCCUAUGGGACCUAUGAGGAACGCGAGACCCUGGCGGCCAGGCUGAACCUGCGGGAGGCCCAAGUGAGGGUGUGGCUCAAGAACCACAGGGCCAAAGUGCAAAGGUUGCAGAGAUCGCGCAAGCAGCAAGGGCCAGGGAGCCCAGGCUGCGCCCCUCAGCCUGCGCCCAUGCCCUCGCCUGCAGGCCCUGCUUCCCAGGAGGGCCCUUUGCUCGCUGCCAGCCCUGUGCUGCCCGCCAUUCCUGUGCGUCCUGAGGAGCCAGUGUUCCCCGCUGGCCCUGUGUUUCCGGCAGGUCCUGUGUUCCCGCCGAGUCCUGUGCUCCAGGCCGGCUUUGUGCUCCUCGCUGGCCCUGUGCUCCCAGCCAGUCCUGCGCUCCCUGCCGCCUCCAUACACCAUGGGGCCCUUGGUUUCGGCAGCCUCCCUCCGAACAGACCCUUGCAAGUCUUCCCAGCAGCAGAUCCCAGCGCCUCCAGCUACAGCCAGGCCUGCUGCGACCCUGCGAAAGGCAUCCAGGGCAUCGUCACCUCUGCCACUGCUCCAGCUGCAGCCCCAGCCCCAGGCCCGGACAACGCCGGGGAUGUCUCAUCAGACCCUGAUUUCACAGACCUGCUCUCAGCCUACUGCUUCUCAGAGUCUCCCUUCUCCUCCGCUAGGCCCUGGUACGACGUUGUGGGUGACAGCGACGUGGACCUCUUCCAGUUCCUGGAUCUCCCAGGGAGUGUGUCCCCACCAAGUCCUGCAGAUGCCGCGGGACCAGAGGGGACCAGGGUGUGA